UUUGGGUUCUAACAGUACUGGUGAUUCGAGAGAUGGAACUUAUCCAAUGACUACCAACGGGAGUUUGUUCCAUAGAGUUGAUGGUUUGAUAGCUCAAGAAGAUGGACAAGAGAAAGUUGUAGAAAUUUCUACAUUAGCUCCAGGCUUAGCUCCAAAUUGUCAUCUUGAAUUGCUUAGAGGUGUUCUUCAAAACGAUGGAGAAUAUAAUAAACUUGAGGACGACAUUAGCAAAAUUGGUGAAUUUCUAUCUCAAAACAAUCGUUAUGCACAGCUGUUAUAUACCGCUAAAGAAACUGUUCAACAAGAAACAACAGAGAUAGGAUUAACAAGAGCAAAGACUGUUGUUGAAUUUACCCAUAUUGAACUAACAGCACCAACAAAUUUACAACAUCGUACUUCUUUAUUACCAGAGGUUAAAGAGGUUACCUCGGUGCGCAGAAGCAUAACACCAGAACAGACUUCAAUUUCAGUGCAAAUAAAGGAGAGCUAUACUGGUGGCUUUACUUUUAUCAAAACUAUGUCUAGGAGUGUUUUUGAUCUUUGAGAUGUCCUCUUUUAACUCAUAAAGGGUAAGCCAAAUCUUUUCCAUACCAACAGUACUCAAAUUAGUAUCAUUCUAACAUAUCCACACCAUACACACGCUUGCAUCUGCACAUACGAAAUCUUACACUACAGGUUUAGAAGAUUCUUUAGGCGUUGAGUUCGUUAGUUUCAAAAUCAUCAGAUCAACGAAAGACCAGGCACU